UUGCGCGUCUAUGAUUGGCCCCUUUCCUGGCACCCUCCAAUUUUCCCGCAACAAACAAGUGUGAAAGUAUCUGCGUAGCAGCACAUGCUAUGCACGGUUAGCAGCCGAUAUGCCUAAACGAACUUGUCCUUUCCCCGAAGUCUUUUCUUCUCAAUAUAAGAUACAUGUCAGACAGCAGGAACUGAACAACUAUGGAGUGUUUGGCAGCAAGUAUAGACAAGAGAUAUACGAAAAAACGAAGAACUUGCUUUUCAACGGUGCCAAAGCUGUGAUCAGUACAAUAUGGACCGGGGAAGAGAAGAGUGCAGCUCCGCAGCCCUCUGCACAAACGGAUUCACCUGCAUGCAGCAAAACCCUUCUGAGAGGACAGAUGCUGAUUGGCCACGACGGGAGACUAACGAGGGCGGGUGCUGCUAAAGGUAACCCAGUGGGUCCCACAGGUUGCUGUGUGUGUCAGAAGAGCCAGGGACCCAGGACGCCGUGUUCUCAGUGUGAUCGACUGGCGUGUUCAUCCUGUGUCCGACAGUGCUCCAACUGCUGCAGCUUAUGCUGCUCUGUCUGCACCAUCUUAGAUUACAGCGGGCGGUACGAUGAAGUACUCUGCUGCGGCUGCUCUACGUAAAGGAAGACCAAAGGCUGGAACACAAAUGUAUAUUUAAACACUGUAAUUGCAUUAAUUGAUAUUUUAUACCCUUUUUUUCUUAAUUCAUGUUUAUGUAAAUAUUGUCAUUUGAAGGUUUGAUUGAAUAAACUUGAACCCUUUUUAGAAACGUU